AUGGCCGUGGGUUUUGGUGCGGGUUUUCCUUCGACAUCCGCCGGGGUCGCAAACGUGGUUUCGAAAGGUGUUUGGUCUACGGAAAUGGAGGUCGAUGCAGUGAGUGAAGGAAAACUGGCUGGGGAUACCACUACGGACGGCAUGCAUUUAGAUAAAGAAAUGAAAGAGGCCAUGGGCUCUUCUCCGCCUCGUCGGAAACGCAUACUCCUCUCUACUGAGAGCGCAUUCGUCGACCAUGUACUUCCGUCGUUGGUUCAGAACCCCGAUAUCGAACUACGAUUGAUUACCGAUGAACCAUCGGCCCUUCUGUCGGGCGCAAGCAAGGUCCCCCACUAUAUGGACACGGUGGAUAGUCAAACUUUCGAGAAGAAGACAGGUGCUCGGAAAUGGCUGAAGGCCAAGGCGGCGGAGCUGUGCGACUGGGCUGAUAUGCUGCUGGUUGCGCCGAUAGAUGCUGGAGCGCUGGGAUCGAUGCUGUAUGGGUUGACCAACACGUUGACCCUGGCCCUCCUGCGUGGUUGGAUGUCGUCGAAGCCGGUCGUACUGAUUCCUGGGAUGACGGUGUCUGAAUGGCACCAUCCGCUGAGCAAAAGGCAACUACGAGAAGUGGCGGAGUUCUGGCCAUGGAUAAGCGUGGUACCGCCGGUUCUGUGGGAGUCGGUCGACCCGGAGGAGCUCAUCCAGUUACCCUGGGAAGGCUUGAGAGACCUGCACGAAAGUAUUGAGCAGACCCUAGGUCUUUCGUUCUCGCAACUUUCCUCCAUUCCCAAUCAGCUUGCAGAAUCAACAUACCCGGUCAGCUUGCCAGAGCAGGCUCCAGGGGACGCGGCUUCUACAAUAUCGCGGCAUCUUCUACAUCGCGUCAACAAGGCCGAAACUGGUCCACGCUCAUUACCGAUGGAGCUAUGGCUUAACGUUUUUGAAGAUCAAUUACACGAUUGGGAGAUUGCCAAGGCAGUUGGCAUCCCCACGAAUCUCCCGGUGCCGAAGGAAUGGCAAAGUCACCUGCUGAAGAUGUCCACCCCGGCCUCCCUGGAAUACACCAUUCUCCGCGGCUCAUUCGCUGCGAUCAAGAAGCGCAUCGACAGCCUGCCACGAUGGAAGCCUUUAUCCGACCUCGCCUGCCAUCUGAUCUUCAAAUUCUCCCGUACCGACAUCCUGUCCUACCUCACCGAAAACCAUCUUGAUCUACUCUGGACGACAUCUCGUCUCACCAACCUCCCGUACCGCGCGUCCGCGAUCUACGGAAACCCCAACAUCCUCACGUGGUGGCGCGAUGCGCCGGCUCUUCCCAAUAAAGAAUACAUUGCCGAUGCCAUGGACGGAGCCUCCCGCGCCGGGUUCGUCAAUGUGCUGGAGUGGUGGCGGACCUCGGGCCUUGAGCUUCGGUAUACCGAACGCGCGCUCGAAGCGGCCAGUGCCGAGGGCCGGGUUGCCGUGCUCGCCUGGUGGAAAGCCGCCUCGGCCAACGCACCCGCGUCGAUACCCCUCCCCCUCAAGGUCGGCAAAUCCGUCCUCCUUGCUGCCCAAUCUGGCCGCACCGCCUCCCUGGCCUGGUGGGACGCCUCCGGCAUUCCCUACACCCACGGGGAAUCCGUCGCCCGCAUCGCCAGCACACACGGCCACGUUCACGUCCUCGACUUCUGGCACCGGCUGAAAGGCUCCAAGAUGAUCUUCGACAGCCAGGUCCUCGUCGGCCCCACCAAGAACGGACACGACAACGUCCUCGAAUGGUGGCGUCGCAGCGGUCUCCGCGUCGAGUUCAAAACCUGCGAUAUCGAAGAAGCCCUCGAGGACUCGGACCCGGUGUCGGGUGCUGAAGAACGCGUCCGUGCCUGGUGGGCCCGUAACGGUCUCAACCUGGGGGUUGGCACCAGCGAAUGGAUGAAAACGAAAGUUCUAUAA